AUGGCUUCUCUUAUAGACAGAGUGGUAUUUUCACUUCUGCUCUUUGUUGCUUAUAGCUUAGUGGUUGCUUGCGGUGACGAUACCAAGGACGAUAAUCAAGACAGAGGCGCGCACAGCGACCGAGGGGGUGUUUGGUUCGGUCCCCGCCUGGGCAAAAGAUCAUUACGACUCGCAGAUGAAAAUCGCAAAACACCACUCCUGCGAUUGUUAGAAGCGGCUGAUAACCUAAUGUAUUAUUACGAUCAGCUUCCAUAUGAACUACAGGCAGAUGUGGGGCAAGAUAAAAUAAUUUUCACCCCGAAACUAGGAAGAGCUGUUGACGAACGUUUAUUUAACGAGAAUGUCGAGUUCACACCUCGUUUGGGAAGACGCAAGAUCGACCAAGGCUUACCAACAUCGGAACAAGAAGCACAAGACCAGAUGCUAGUGAACACCCGACCGAGUCAAUUCUCCCCCCGUUUGGGUAGAAAUUACGACUUCUCCCCCCGCCUCGGUCGAGAGUUGGCGUAUGAUGUAUUCAUCAAUGUAUUCUCUUUUAUAAACGGUUAUGUCCUACUAGCGGCGAACUUAGAUGAUUUUCAAACAAUAGCAAAGAAAUUAGGCUCACAAAAAUUCCUUGACGAAAUAUUGCAUUUAGCUAAAGAUCCAGAAUUUGAAAAAUACACUCAGAAAAAUUAUAAGCGUCCAAGAAGUGAUAACAGACAAAAGUUCACGCAAAAAGAAAGAAAAAUCGCAUUCUCUAGACAGACUGAACCGAAAUUCAGUCUAAACGAACGAGGAACUAGGAUAGACUUCGAGGAACUGGUUGAAAAAGUUAGGCAGAGAUUAGAAAAGGAAUUCCAAAGUAAGCAUAAAAGUAAUUUAAAUAAAGGCAUAACGCAGAACAUCAAAUCAUUCAGUAAAUCAAACAAUUUACACAAGAAUAAGGAAAAAAAUACAAAAUUUACUGAAGACUCACAAUAUAAUGAUAAUGAUGACGAAACUAUAUUAAAACAUAAUGAUGCUAAAGCUGAUUAUGUUAAUGAUAAUGAUCGAAGUGAAGCAAGCGCAUAA